AUGGUGAAGUGGUACGAGGUACAACCCGACCGUAGCGAUUCUGGCAGCUAUCCCGACAUUGAUGGCUUUGGUCCAGUUGAAUAUAUCACCAUAGCAUCAACGGAACGAGUCGUCUGUCAAGAUAUUUGGGAUGUUGGACUUAUUCCCGCAGAUGUUUUGCAGUCACUGUAUGUUUGUCUUUGGGAAUCCAAUACAGACAUCGAUGCAGAAGGCGAGACGCUUGUCAAGACCCUGAUGAGUAUCAGGAAGAAGAGGAAUUUCAGUCUCCAUAUCGAAUUGGUUCAACAGGAGGUCAGGUUAAACUUGUGGGUCCCGUGGAUCGAACUCCUGAGACCUGUUCUCCAGGCAUAUGAACGCGAAGGAGGGCAUUUGCGUUUCAAAUGGGGGCAUCCGUUUAACAGGUACGACGACAUAGAGUUUGACCUCACCGAGGUGCUCAGAGAUACGAGUGGAAGUGAACAGUGGAGGCAAGAUGCGAGAGAAUAUCUGGACAGUCUGGAUGACUAUAUCCUCAAGGAAUAUCACGAGGAUCCGUGGAUCGCAUUUUCGGAACGCCAUUACCUUAUCGAGAAUGAGCCAGAUUAUGACCCCAAGAAUUAUGCUCAUCCUGCGCUCAACACUCCGCCCGGCUUCUAUCCUGAAUCAUCAGAAUAUAGCGAUAGCGAAGAUGAUAGCGACGAUGGUAGCGAAGAUGGUAGCGACGAUGGUAGCGAAGAUGGUAGCGAAGAUGAUAGCGAAGAUGAUGCUAGUCAAGACGAUGCUCAAGACGGUUUGGAUUGA